AUGGCGGCCAAAGAUAACAACCGGCCCCGCAAACGACGGGCAAGCAGUGCCAGCCUGGACGGUGUUCCUCUGACGAGAAACAUUGUAGAACAACUUGCCGAAAUAGGCGCCAGGAUGCGCGAAAUGCACAACAACGUCAUGGCCGACCUUGAUCUUCGCGGCUCUUCUGCGCCGACAUCGAACUCGGACUCGGACUUGUCUGAUGCUGAGGGUUUUUCCAGCGAGGACGAUGAGCUCGACGAGGCGUAUUUCGGUCUGAUGGACGGCGAAACGGAGAUGGAGAGACAACGCAGGCUCCUUACCGACAUUGCGCAAAUGAGACGUGGGUUCCUAAAUGGCUUCACAUUUAGAGGCACCGCCGACUCGUUCGGCUUAAGUCCAUCCCUGUCGGUGGCGUCGCGUUCUUCGUCUCCACCGGGGCUGGUCCCGAGCGCCAACAGUGUCGGGGUCCCUAGACAGAGGCUCUCGCAACUGAGGCCGAUCGCAGAUGGACACCAUCCGGUUCGUAUUCCGAUCGAGACCCAGCCGUCUCUACCGAUACAAUCGCCAGUGCCUCCUCGGAGCAGUGACCGGGUCAUAGCUUUACCCGGUGGACCUUCUCGUGCAGUCCAGGCACCUUCAGUUGAAGAUGCAGGUGCUUCUGAAUCCGAAAAGGAAGACAUCUGA